AUGUGGAAGCUCUUCAUCGACGGGGCAUCCAACAGGCAUGGCGUCGGGCUAGGUAUCGUGUUGACUUCCCCAGAUGGGCUGGUCAUCGAACAAGCAAUUACGCUCGGCUUUCCUGUGUCCAACAAUGAAGCGGAGUAUGAAACCCUUCUCGCCGGACUGAUGAGUGCAUUGAGGAUGAAAGCGUCGGCUCUCAUGGUGUUCAGCGACUCCAAACUGGUGGUCAAUCAGGUUUCCGGGGAGUAUGAGGCCAGGGAUAAAAGAAUGGCCAAGUAUCAGGCGCUGGUGUGCACGGAGAUCAAGAAGUUCGCCGCCACACGAAUGGAGCAAAUCAACCGUGAAAAAAACAACGCAGCAGACAAAUUGGUCGGCCUUGCAUCUACACAAUUAGCCUUCCCUAAUCCCUUGAUGAUAGAAUUCUUGCCUUGGCCAAGCAUUGAGGAGCCAGAAGUGCCCAAGGUACUCUACACUGACUUAGGACCUUCCUGGAUGGACCCCAUCAUCACCUUCCUGAAAGAUAGAGUUCUGCCCGAAGAAAAGAAGGCAGCCAACAAAAUUCGGGCUAAGUCAGAGCGGUUUUGGCUCUCGCCAUCCGAAGCCUUGUACAAGAAGUCUUUUACCGGGCCACUCCUAAAGUGUGUCCAUCCCGCCAAAGUGGAAGCUUUCCUCUAUGAGAUUCAUGAGGGCAUCUCCGGGAGCCAUACAGGGGGCAGAUCUUUAGCUUACAGAGCAAUCUCCCAAGCUAGCCAGAGAGUUGCUCCCCCUUACAAGUCCUUGGCCGUUUGCGCUUUGGGGACUGGAUAUUGUGGGGCCACUCCCAGCUGCCCCAGGCAACCGCAAGUUCUUCAUCGCUGCUACCGACUACUUCACCAAGCUCUCAUCUCAAAUAAUGGUACUCAGUUCGAUGGGAAACUCUUUCGCGAAUUUUGCAAAGAGCUGAAGAUUGAAUUCUACAAUUCAACACCGGCCUAUCCUCAGUCAAAUGGGCAAGCGAAGGCCUCCAACAAGACCAUGCUAGACGGGCUGAAGAAGCGUCUUGAAAAAGCCAAAGGGAAGUGGGCUGAAGAACUCCCUAAUGUGCUCUGGGCAUACCGCACUACAUCGAGGCGAUCGACCGGAGAGACACCAUUCGCCUUGGCCUAUGGCAUGGAAGCCGUUAUCCUGCUAGAAAUUAGUAUGCCAACUAUCCGGUCUGAGAGUUUCCAGCCAGAUUUGAACAAUGAAACAGUCGCAUUGGAUCUUGACCUAGCCGAGGAAAGAAGAGAACGGGCUCUGAUUCACAUAGCGGCCUAUUAG